AUGGCGGACCAAAUAAAAAACUUGCAGGAACGAAUCGAACCCCAUCAAGAGAUAUCAAAGUCUCAUGAAUCUCAAAAUGGGAACUCAAGGACUUCCCACUCUAGUAGACGCAAUAAGAGGAGGCGAGAGAGAUCCAGGAUCCUCACAAGCCUCCACAAGACGGAUCCACAAGAUGACGAAUCUAAAACCGCCUCUCAAGACGCCCGUACCUUCCUAGAAAGCAAGAAACAAAGGGCGUCUGAAAGCGUCCAAUCGCUGGUGGAUAAAAGGAAGGAAGAAAGAAAGAAGGCACAAGUCGCGGGAUCUAGCCGCCACAUUACUAUGCCUUGGAAUGAGGCCGGCAAAAGUAGCCUUCCUGAAAAUCUCAUGCCAAUAAUCUCUCCACUGGCUCCGGAGAUACUGAAUAUUCCCAACACCGGGAAAAUAAAGAUCCCAAACAUGGCGGCCUUCGAUGGGACAUCCUGCCCAGAGGAACACCUGAUGGCCUACAAGAACCUGAUGCUGCUGUAUACCACUGACCCGUUAUUGUGGUGCAAGUUCUUCCCAACUACUCUUACGGGAGUAGCUCUGACGUGGUAUACCUCCCUUCCAGGAGGAAGUAUCCACAACUUUGCCCAAUUGGAAGGCAAGUUACUGGGUCAUUUUGUAGCAUCAAGAAGACAGGAAAAAUCAAACUUCCAUCUGCUCAGCAUCACGCAAUUGGAAGGAGAGUCCAUAUCAUCCUAUUUAAAAAAGUUUCAUGAGGCGGUACUAGAAGUAACUGAUUUGGAAGAAUCGGUUGCAUUAAACGCCCUGAUCAACGGAAUGAAAGCUCAGAGGCUGAAGUUCCAGUUUGUCGAGAGCCAAGUGAAGACAUACGCGGAGGCCAUAAAGCAAUGCCAAAGUUAUGUUAUGGCCUCCGAAAUAUGUCAGGCACAUGAUCCCAAGAAACGGAGGUCAGAUAAGAAGGAUCUCACGGCCAAUCAUUCCUCUAGGAGCAGAGAGGAACAGUCAUCAAGGAGGGAAAAAAAUUUCUUGUCGCGCCGUCCAGAACCUCCGUCAGGUAUGGGACCUCCAAGACCCAGACACGUAUAUGUCGCUGAAGGGGAGCCCAGGACGCGGAAUUUAUUAGAUGGCGGCAACGAUCCGCUGUUCAAUCGGAACAGGAAGGACAUAUUCUUCGCCAUCAGGGAUCAAUUGCCAACUCCACAUCCUACUGCCACCCCCUCUGAUAGACACAACUAUAAUCUGUGGUUCAUCAACCGGAAAGACUACGAUGCUGGAAGAGAAGCAGAAAGGAGGCCAUGGAAUCAAAGACGCAGAUCCCCCAAAAGGGAUGAGGCCAGGCGCAAAAGUUCCAACACUCAAGGAACUAUCAACAUGAUUUUCGGAGGAUACACUGAAGAAUAUCCCACCAUCCGCGCUGCCAGAAAUAGUGUCCACACUCUGCUAAAAGGGCCCCCGAAAGCCUCAUCAAGUGGACCAAUCAUGAGGUUUGAUGCCACGACCUCCCAAACGCUGCAACAAUCCCAUACUGACCCUCUGGUGGUCACCCUCAAAAUUAGGCAAAUGAAAGUCAAGAGGGUACUCGUAGAUACCGGGAGCACUUACAACCCCUUGACAAACCGCUGA